AUGAAGGCCAUCAGGCGAUCCUUGAAGGGCGAGAAAGAUCCCAAACAUCACCACCACAUUUCCAUUACCCCUAAAUCAGCCAUCGCCAUUUUACCUCCCAAAAAGGUGAUCAAAGCUCUCUACGACUAUCAUCCAGAAUUCAACACCACCCAGGAAUUGGCCUUCAGCAAGGGGGACUUUUUCCACGUUAUUGGUCGCGAGGACGACUUGGACUGGUACGAGGCCUGUAACCCGCUUAUCCCUAGUGCCCGGGGGCUCGUGCCCGUCUCCUUUUUCGAGGUUAUCGGCAAAAACGAAAGACAUAGUGGGGGUUCGGUCGACCUGCAGAAAAAGGAUCACCACGACUCGGGCUUUGCUGAUCGUGCUCCCCCCGCCGACUACACCAACACCACCAAGAACGGCGCUUUCAGGAUGUCCGCGCUCGGCAAGGGCCAGGGCGCCAUGGUGUAUGGGAUCGUCCAGUACGACUUCCAGGCCGAGCGGCCCGACGAGUUGGACGCCAAGGCUGGCGAGGCUAUCAUCGUCAUUGCCCAGUCGAACCCGGAGUGGUUCGUCGCGAAGCCCAUCGGCCGGCUUGGUGGGCCGGGUCUGAUCCCCGUCUCGUUCAUCGAACUGCGCGAUAUGCAGUCCGGCCAGGCGGUCACCGAUCCGCUCGAGGCCGUGCGACGCGCUGGCGUCCCCAAGGUCGAGGAGUGGAAGAAGAUGACUGCCGAGUACAAGAACAGCAGCAUUUCCCUCGGCAAGAUUGAUACCGGUCACUCCGGCAGCGGCGUGAUGGCCGUAACUGCCGGCAUGGAUAAAAUGACUAUGAACCAGCCAGGUGGUGGCCACUACAGCCAGAACAGCAACUCAUAUGGCUACCACCAACGCAACGCCAGCAGAGGAACUUUGGCAUCGCAAGCGCCCAUGUCGCAAUCCCCAUCGCAGGGCUACCAACCCCUUCUGGCCCCCAUCGCCGCCUCCAUCCCGCGUUACUGCUUUGAUAAUGACAAGUAUUGGUAUAUCAUUGAGGCAAAGAUGGAAGACGGUCGCUGCUGGGAACUAUCACGUUAUUACCACGAUUUCUACGACUUCCAGAUCGCCCUCUUGACCCAAUUCGAGGAUGAAGCAGGCAACCGCGGCCGCCCCCGGACUCUUCCCUUUAUGCCGGGCCCCGUCACCCAUGUCACGGAUGCGAUCUCCAACGGCCGGCGGCAAAACCUUGACGAGUAUAUCAAGAAACUAUUGUCCAUGCCGCCGCACAUUGGCCGGUGCCAACUUGUCCGACAGCUGUUUGCGCCGCGGCAGGGUGACUUUGAAAUCGACCCCAGCGCGUUCGGUGAGGAGGCUCGAUACUCGGGUGAAUCGCACCACUCCUCUGGCAUGGACCAGUCCCGCAGCGUGUCCCGCCAAUCCUCACAAGUGCCCAUGAAUGCGCCACCCGAACGGGGCUCCCAACAGCGUGGCCAUGGCGGCUCUGGGUCAUAUGGCAACGGUGUUCCGCCGGCCAUGAACCGCCAGCCGAGCUCCCUCACCCAGGUGUCGACCUCGAGCAAUACCGCAAUGAAGGUGAAGGUGUUCUUCCAGGACGAUUUGAUUGCCAUCCGCAUUCCGCCUGGCGUCAGCAUGCAACAUCUCAAGGACAAGCUGUCCGACCGCUUGAAGAUCCGCGAGGAUAUUGUCGUACAGUACCGCGACGAGGGCUCAGGCACCUAUGUCGACCUCAACACGGACCAGGAUCUGGAAAACGCUAUGCAGCGGAAUACCAAGCUGACGCUGUUUGUCAGCAUUGCAUAA